UGAGAAUAUAGGGACAGAGGAACUGAUCUCCUAUCUCUCCUCAGCCUACAAUUUGAUAUAAAUCAUUUCAGUUCCUUCUCAAGUGUCCCUCCUACCUUACCUCCAUGGCUGUUGCUGGGGACGAGGAGGUGUCUCAUAGCCAUGGCAUGCCUCCUGCUUCAACCGCGCAAAAUCAGAAGCUCGACGCAGGGGCGCUCUUCGUUCUCAAGUCCAAAGGUUCGUGGCUGCACUGCGGGUACCAUUUGACGACGUCGAUCGUUGCGCCGGCGCUGCUGAGUCUGCCGUUCGCGUUCGCGGCCCUGGGUUGGGUGGCCGGCGUGGUGUGCCUCGUGAUGGGCGCCGCCGUCACCUUCUACUCCUACAACCUCCUCUCCCUCGUCCUCGAGCACCACGCGCAGCUCGGCCGCCGCCAGAUCCGCUUCCGCGACAUGGCCCGGGACAUCCUCGGGCCACGUUGGGCUCGUUACUACAUUGGACCCGUCCAAUUUGCUGUCUGCUUCGGUGCGGUGGUUGGCCAAGUUCUCCUGGGUGGGCAGAGCAUGAAGACCAUUUACGUGAUCGCGAGACCGGAUGGGACGAUGAAGCUCUACGAAUUCGUGAUCAUAUUCGGGGCGUUCUUGCUGAUCCUGGCGAUGAUCCCCUCCUUCCACGCUCUCCGGCACAUCAAUCUCAUCUCGCUCGUGCUGUCCCUGGCUUACAGUGCCUGUGCUACUGCAGGCUCUAUUCAUGCAGGGCACUCUAGCAACGCUCCAAGAAGAGACUUCUCUCUCCCAAAUGAUAAUCAAGAUCGCAUCUUUGGAAUCUUCAAUGCCAUCGCCAUCAUCGCCACCACCUACGGCAACGGCAUCAUCCCGGAGAUCCAGGCGACAGCAGCUCCUCCAGUGACAGGGAAGAUGUUCAAAGGCCUUUGUCUCUGCUACACCGUCGUGGCGGUGACGUUCGUCAGCGUGGCGAUCUCCGGUUACUGGGCAUUUGGGAACAGAGCAGAAGGCUCCGUCACGUACAAUUUCAUGCUCGACGACGGCACCCUGCUGGUCCCCAAGUGGUUCCUCACGAUGACCUACGUCUUCAUCCUCUUGCAGCUGUCAGCAGUGGGAGUGGUGUACUUGCAGCCGACGAAUGAGGUGAUCGAAGGCCUGUUCGCAGACCCAACGAAGCCUCAGUACUCCACCCGCAACGUCGUGCCGCGGAUCAUCUUCCGCACGCUUUCCAUCGUAAUCGCAACCCUCAUCGCCGCCAUGCUUCCGUUUUUCGGCGACGUCAACUCGAUCAUCGGCGCGUUCGGUUUCCUGCCGCUCGACUUCGUCGUGCCAUCGAUUCUCUACAACCUGACCUUCAGUCCCUCGAAGAGAAGCUUCUUGUUUUGGCUCAACGCCGUCAUUGCUACUGUGUCGUCGGCGUUGGCGGUGCUCGGCUCCAUCUCGGCCGUCAGGCAGGUGGUGCUCGAUGCCAGAACGUACAAACUUUUUGCGGAUGUCUGACUACAUAGAGGAUGUACAAGUAAGUAAUAGCAGUGAACUCAUGGUCUUCAUCAUUCUUGUAACACUAGUGAUUGCAAACAUAGCUGCUACAAUAAAUAAAAACAAUUAUUCAGUUGGUUUCAA